AUGGCAGAUAGAAAUACAUUGGUCACUAUGCACUAUAACGGUUUCGUGUUUAUUGAUGAAAAUAUCAGUUUUUCAUUCAACGAAACAGAUACGGUGAUGUUCAAACUUCACCGAAGUUCUGAUAUCCGUCAUCUAAAAGAUAGAAUUGAAAAAAAAGUGAAUCGUCUAGUUCAGGAUAUUACUUACCGUCAACCAUUACCUAAUGGGGUAGAUGGUGGUGUGUUCUACGUAAUGAUGCAGAUAGACACAGACAACACAGUCAAAUCAAUGUUUCAAUGUCAUUACACAAUGCCCCAGUUGAAGACGAUUGAAAUAUAUGUUCGCCUUGAAGACGAGGCAUAUCCAACACAAUCAUCAUAUUCGCAUCAAUACGAAGUGAGCCAAAUAAAUGAUGAAGAAAUAACGCAAAAUAAUGAACCUUUCAUCCGGAACGAGGAGGUUGGUGAAUACAGUGACGAUGAGCUCGAUGAUAUUCACUUUGAAGAUCUAUUCGGUGAUGACGAUGACGAGGGUCACGAUGAACUCAUGCAGUCAUAG